AUGUCUUCGCAGUCCCAGUCCAACGCCAACGGCCGCGAGCUCGAAUUCAAGGGCUACGCGAUGUGCGGGCUGGGGCGAGUCCAAUCUGCCCUCGUCGCCGGACACGAGAUCGUCGGGAACGUCACUCGCGUCGGAGACAAGGUCACCGAGUUCAAGGUCGGCCAACGCGUCGGCCUCGGCGCGCAGAUCGGAAGCUGCAUGCAGUGCAGGGCGUGCAAAGAGGACUAUGAGAACUACUGCCCGGGCAAACGCCAAUACAGCGACGGCGUGGUGACUCAAGGCGGGUUCUCCACCGCCAUCCGUGCGCACGAACGAUAUGUCUUCCCGAUUCCUGACGAGAUCGAGUCCGCGCACGCCGCAUCGAUGUUCUGCGCGGGCUUAACCGUCUACUCUCCCCUGAAGACCUACGGUUGUGGCCCAGGAAAGAAGGUCGGGAUAGUCGGCAUCGGCGGUCUAGGGCACUACGCCGUGCUCUGGGCCAAGGCGAUGGGCGCAGAGGUGUACGCGUUCGCACUCGAGCCGGAGAAGUUCGACGACAUCAAGCAGAUGGGCGCAGACCACGUCAUUGACGUGAGGCAGAAGCCCCUCGCGCAGACGCUCGACCUGAUCGUCUCUACUGCGGACAUAGUCAACGGGUCGCUGCCGAUCAACGACUAUCUCUCCACCCUCUGGGUGCACGGCGUGUUCAUCACCGUCGGUCUGCCCGACUCGAACAGCCCGCUGCCGUCCCUGCACCCGAUGCAGGCGUUCGCGGGCAACGGGUGCAUGCUCGGUGGAAGCCACGUCGGGAGCAAGAAGGAGUGCCUGGAGAUGCUGGAGCUCGCGAGGACGAAGAACGUGCGGCCGUGGAUCGAGACGCUGCCCAUGAAAGAGGCGGGGAAGGCGCUCGAGAAUGUGAAGACGAACAAGGCGAGGUACCGGUACAUCCUCACCCAGGAUAUCAACUAG